AGCUCUCCUCUCGUUGUGGACGUAGCUGAUUUAGCAAAUAUCACAUUAGAUGGUAGUAUCCUGCCUUUUAAAAACAUUCUUUAAGAAUUAGUUUUAUUAACAAGCUUAGUGCGUGUGAUUUGAUUUAUGGCUAAAAUUCUUAUUAUCGAAUCGUUCUAUGGAGGAUCCCACAAACAACUGCUGGAUACAAUCCUGCAACAAUUUCAUCCGGCAGAAUACGAUUUAUUUACAUUGACUGCCAAAAAAUGGCACUGGCGCUCACGGGUAGGAGCACUUUAUUUUUCGGAAGUCAUUCCGCACGAUCAUCAAUAUAAAACAUUAUUCACAAGUUCGGUGCUCAACCUCGCAGAACUGAUCGGUUUGCGGCCGGAUCUUUCCGUUUGUAGAAAGAUAGUGUACUUUCACGAGAAUCAAUUGAACUACCCGGUUCGAGAAAUAAAGGAACGAGAUUGCCAAUAUGGCUUGAACCAAAUCAUGACUUGUCUUAGUGCCGACCAAAUUGUGUUCAACUCGCAUUACAAUAUGACAUCCUUUCUGGAUAACAUUAGAAGUUUUCUAAAUAUUGCACCUGAUUUAAAAUUAAAAAAUCUAAAAGAGAAGUUGGAACCACGAUGUGAAGUGCUCUACUUUCCAAUUCCAUUUCAUAUGAUUCCGAAAAGGAUAUUCACCAAAAAUGAUAAACCGUUGCAUUUAGUUUGGCCUCAUCGCUGGGAGCAUGAUAAAAAUCCCCAAUUCUUAACCACCACGUUACUCGAAUUAAACAAAAGGCAAGUGGAAUUUCGCGUGUCGAUUCUGGGCGAGCGUACUCAAUCGAUUCCUGACUGUUUCGAAAAUAUUGGCGAACUUUUGAAGGACAAAUUGAUUAACUUCGGUUAUCUGGGUAAAGACGAAUACUAUCGCACCUUGCUCGACGGUGACGUUGUAAUUUCAACAGCAGGUCAUGAGUUCUACGGAGUGGCAAUGCUAGAAGCUGCAUUCUGUGGGUGUUUGCCGGUGGCGCCGAAUAAACUAGUCUAUCCGGAGAUUUAUCCGGACACCAGUCUGUACAAUACGUCUAAUCAGCUAAUUAAAAUGUUGUAUAACUGGUGUAAAAAUCGGGCCCUGUUCGAAAAAGAUCGAGCCAUUUUUUACGAGAACUUUGACUUUGACAAAUAUUCCUCGGUCAGCAUUGUGCCGAAAUUCAUAUCGAUGGUCAAAGCACAUAUCAUACCUGCAGCAGUGGCUGUUACUAACGGGAUAUAGGUGAAUAAACCUAAUCUCUUAUGCAAUUCAACUAUAAAGUAGACUUCUGUCAGGAGAGGAAAAAAAUAGAGCGCACUAUCAUGCGCCAAUUAUCUACCAACAUUAUAAUAGAGUCCAAAGGCACAAACUAAGAUGUUUGUUCUAAUCGUUAGGAUGUGCAAACCAGUUCGUCGAAGGUUUGCACCAUUUCGGUUAGGCCAGAUUUGUUUUUGUUAUGUUUUUUAAAUUUUUGAACUUAGAACAAUUAACUUCCGAGUGGUCGGAAGUUACAGGGUGAGAUAUUCGGAUGCUUGUUUUCUAUUGAACGAUUCGAAAUUCAGGUAUUGUACAUUACAAUAUCUAAAGCAAUUUUUUUAACAUGGUAAUUGACAAAGGGAAUCAAUAUAUU